AGAAAGAGGAAUCUGUUUCCUGGGUUAAAUGUCCUUUCAGGCCGCAAACUCAGAGGGUUCCUGUGAUCCCCUGUUCCACACUCUGCUCAGUUCCUGACCUUUCAGUAGGAUUUUCUGCGUGCCCUAACCCACGGGAUUCCAUUGUCUGACUGCAUCUCCCUGCUGCUUCCUGUGUUUGGCUGCUCUAAGCCAUGCUGCUGGGCGGCUCUCACACCCGACGAGCUCUAGGGACCUUAAACAUCCCCUCUCGCCGGAGUAAUCUGGGCGACAUUCUGCGCCUAAGAUAGCUUGCCCAGAGGAGCUGACAAGCUGCCUGGAGGGCCUGUCCCUUCCCCCUUGUUUUCUGGCCUUUUCCUUGUCCUCAUUAGGGUGAGUUUUGCAGCCUGAACCCUCUGGUAUUCGUGGGGAGCGUGGCCUGUUUCCCAGCAGCCCCUCUUCCUUCAUCUGACCCUUUGAAUAGGCCCUCAGUUGCUGCAACCCCUCCCCCCAUCGGCAGCCUGCAAGCCACUGGCGGGGGGGAGGGGGGCAGCUCUGGGACGGGAUGAAUGUGCUUGGUAUCAGCCCCAGAACCUGUUUGGAGCCAGCUGUGUUGGGUGGACGCCAAAGGGAGGACCUAGGAGGCACCUAUGUUGAAGGCAGCUCCAGGAGGCCUGGGUGGGGCGACUCUGCCUCUCCUGCUGUUGGAAAGAGCCUGACAUUCUCCAGCCUGGGAAAGCCCCAGUGGCCCUCCCUGCCGCUGAAGAUGAGGAAGGCCCCCGGUUACAGUCACUAGUCUGGUGGUUGAGGGCUAAACACAAUUUGUCAGCCUCUUUUCCUGGAUGACAGCAAUUUCUGUCCCACUUGGUCUUUCUGGUGGUUUGCGUUUUACAUAUUGAUUUGGUGCCCGGAGAGGGUGGCGGGCGGCGGGCACCGUAGGGGACGUUGCCCGAGGGCUUCCUUCGCGGUGGAAAGAGCGUCACAACUAAAGGGAGUUGGAAACACCUACUAAAAAUAUAGUAAGAACGCGUCCAGAAUGCAAAUCAUCUCCCUUCUCCCACAGACAGCGAGUCCUCAGAACCACAGCGAUUGUGUGUAUUUAUUCGAGUCUACCGUAAUAAAUGGCUCCCGGGCGCCGUGCGUGGAUGACGUCCUGCACAGCCACACUGCAGUCUAGGGUGAUGAAUUAGAGCCAAGGCCCGUGGACACGAGGCCGGGCUCUUCCUGGCCUAUUGCAAAGGUGUCCUUGGUGCUGCUGGGCUAUCUAAUGAGUCUAAGACCAGAGCUGGCCUGGUAAGUGGUGACUCUCUGCUUGUUCUCUCUGCUUCCUCCUCCCCCUGGGAGAGGCUGCUGAGGAGCCGGAAGCAGGGAUGUCUGCCACCGGGAGCUUGCUACUGUCCUCUUUUGGAACAGAGGAGCCAGGCUCUCUCAGCGGCCAAGCUGCCUCUAUGGCAGAUCCUGGCUCUACCGAGAGAACGGCCCAGAAACGGAAGGUCCCCAGCCCCCCACAUUCCUCCAACGGCCAUUCGCCCCAGGACUCAUCCACAAGCCCCAUUAAAAAGAAAAAGAAACCCGGCUUACUGAACAGUAGCAGUAAGGAUCAGUCAGAGCUAAGACAUGGUCCGUUUUACUAUAUGAAGCAGCCACUCACCACAGACCCUGUUGAUGUUGUACCGCAGGACGGACGGAAUGACUUCUAUUGCUGGGUUUGUCACCGGGAAGGACAAGUCCUUUGCUGUGAGCUCUGUCCCCGGGUUUAUCACGCUAAGUGUCUGAGACUGACAUCGGAACCAGAGGGGGACUGGUUUUGUCCUGAAUGUGAGAAGAUUACAGUAGCAGAAUGCAUCGAGACGCAGAGCAAAGCCAUGACCAUGCUGACCAUCGAACAGCUGUCCUACCUGCUCAAGUUUGCUAUUCAGAAAAUGAAGCAGCCUGGGACGGAUGCAUUCCAGAAGCCCGUUCCGUUGGAACAGCACCCCGACUAUGCAGAGUAUAUUUUCCAUCCCAUGGACCUUUGCACGUUGGAAAAGAAUGCAAAAAAGAAGAUGUACGGCUGUACGGAAGCCUUCCUGGCUGAUGCCAAGUGGAUCCUGCACAACUGCAUUAUUUAUAAUGGGGGAAACCACAAGUUGACGCAAAUAGCAAAGGUCGUCAUCAAAAUCUGUGAGCACGAGAUGAAUGAAAUUGAAGUAUGCCCAGAAUGUUAUCUCGCAGCUUGCCAGAAACGAGACAACUGGUUCUGUGAGCCCUGUAGCAAUCCGCACCCUUUGGUCUGGGCAAAACUUAAAGGAUUCCCAUUCUGGCCAGCGAAAGCUCUGAGGGACAAAGACGGACAGGUUGAUGCCCGUUUCUUUGGACAACAUGACAGAGCCUGGGUUCCAGUCAAUAAUUGCUACCUCAUGUCAAAAGAAAUCCCCUUUUCUGUGAAAAAGACUAAGAGCAUCUUCAACAGCGCCAUGCAGGAGAUGGAAGUUUACGUGGAGAACAUACGGAAGAAGUUCGGGGUUUUUAAUUACUCCCCGUUCAGGACGCCCUACACCCCCAAUAGCCAGUACCAAAUGCUGCUCGAUCCCAGCAACCCCAGCGCCGGCACUGCCAAGACAGACAAACAGGAGAAGGUGAAGCUCAAUUUUGACAUGACGGCGUCCCCCAAGAUCAUUCUGAGCAAGCCCCUUCUGAGCGGGGGCGCGGGCCGCAGGAUCUCCCUGUCCGACAUGCCUCGCUCCCCCACCAGCACGAACUCCUCUGUGCACACGGGCUCCGAUGUGGAGCAGGACCCCGAGAAGAAGGCCCCAUCCAGCCACUUCAGCGCAAGCGAAGAGUCCAUGGACUUCCUUGAUAAGAGCACAGCGUCUCCAGCCUCCACCAAGACGGGGCAAGCAGGGAGCUUGUCCGGCAGCCCGAAGCCCUUCUCUCCACAAGCGCCAACGCCCAUCAUGACGAAACCUGACAAGACCUCCACCGCCACCACCGGGAGCAUCCUGAACUUGAACCUGGAUCGAAGCAAAGCCGAGAUGGACCUGAAGGAGCUGAGCGAGUCGGUCCAGCAGCAGUCAGCUCCCGUCCCCCUCAUCUCUCCCAAGCGGCAAAUUCGAAGCCGUUUCCAGCUCAACCUGGACAAGACCAUAGAGAGUUGCAAAGCACAGCUAGGCAUAAACGAGAUCUCGGAGGACGUUUACACGGCCGUGGAGCACAGCGACUCAGAGGAUUCGGAAAAGUCAGAGAGCAGCGACAGCGAGUAUGUCAGCGACGAGGAACAGAAGCCCAAGAAUGAGCCGGAGGACCCCGAGGACAAGGAGGGGAGCCGGGCGGACAAAGAGGCCUCUGCCAUCAAAAGGAAGCCCAAGCCCUCGAACCAGGUAGAGGUCAAAGAGGAAGUGAAGAGUAACUCGCCCGUCGGAGAGAAAGUGGACCCCGCACCCGCCAAGGACAAGGCCAGCCCCGAGCCCGAGAAGGACUUUGCGGAGAAAGCAAAGCCAUCCCCUCACCCCGCGAAGGACAAAUUGAAGGGAAAGGAUGAGACAGAUUCUCCCACAGUGCACUUGGGCUUGGAUUCGGACUCAGAGAGCGAACUUGUCAUAGACUUAGGAGAAGAUCCUUCUGGGCGGGAGGGUCGGAAAACCAAGAAAGAGCCCAAGGUGCCGUCACCCAAGCAGGAUGCUAUAGGUAAACCGCCACCAUCCACUCCGGCCGGCAACCAGUCUCCCCCAGAGACGCCGGUUCUCACCCGCUCAGCCACGCAAGCACCUGCGGCUGGGGUCACCGUGGCCGCCACCACCAGCACGAUGUCUACCGUCACGGUCACAGCGCCGGCCACCGCCGCCGUCACCGGAAGCCCAGUGAAGAAGCAGAGGCCGCUCUUACCGAAGGAGACUGUCCCAGCCGUGCAGCGGGUCGUGUGGAACGCAUCAACUGUCCAGCAGAAGGAGGUCACCCAGAGCCCGUCCACAUCCACCAUCACGCUGGUGACCAGCACACAGCCGGCAGCCCUGGUCAGCAGCUCGGGCUCUGCCAGUACCUUAGCGUCUGUGAUCAACGCUGACCUGCCCAUUGCCACCGCCUCAGCCGACGUGGCUGCGGACAUUGCCAAGUACACCAGCAAAAUGAUGGACGCCAUAAAGGGGACUAUGACAGAAAUCUACAACGACCUCUCCAAGAACACCACCGGGAGCACAAUCGCUGAGAUUCGAAGGCUGAGGAUUGAGAUUGAGAAGCUGCAGUGGCUGCACCAGCAGGAGCUCGCCGAGAUGAAGCACAACCUGGAGUUGACCAUGGCUGAGAUGCGGCAGAGCUUGGAACAGGAGCGGGAUCGGCUCAUCGCCGAGGUGAAGAAGCAGCUGGAGCUGGAGAAGCAGCAGGCAGUGGACGAGACCAAGAAGAAGCAGUGGUGUGCCAACUGCAAGAAGGAGGCCAUUUUCUACUGCUGCUGGAACACCAGCUACUGCGACUACCCCUGUCAGCAGGCCCACUGGCCCGAGCACAUGAAGUCCUGUACCCAGUCGGCUACCGCCCCUCAGCAGGAAGCGGAUGCUGAGGCAAACCAGGAAACAGGAAAUAAGACAUCUCAGGGCAGCUCUUCCAAUACACAGUCCGCACCUUCAGAACCAGCCAGCACCCCCAAAGAGAAAGAGACGUCAUCAUCGUCCUCGAACUCCUCCUCAACGGAGAAGAGCAAGGACAGUAACUCGACCCUGGACCUUUCCGGCUCCAGAGAGACGCCCUCUUCCAUUCUCUUAGGCUCCAACCAAGGCUCUGUUAGCAAGAGGUGUGACAAGCAGCCUGCCUAUACCCCAACCACUACAGACCACCAGCCGCACCCCAACUACCCAGCCCAGAAGUACCAUUCCCGGAGCAGCAAGGCGGGUUUGUGGAGCAGCAGCGAGGAAAAGCGAGGGUCAUCCCGCUCCGAGCACAGUGCAGGGACCAGCACGAAGAACCUCAUGCCCAAAGAGUCCCGGGAGUCUAGGCUAGACACCUUCUGGGACUAGGGGUGCAUUGUGAGCCAGAAACCUCCCUGUGUGUGUGGGGGAAACAACCCAAACAACAGGAAGCAACAGAAACUGGAGAACCGCCGCCACCUUUAGAAUUCCCAACACUCAGGCUCUGCCCGUGGGCUUGGCUGCAGGACAGCGACUUGACUCCAUGACUUGACUCCACCCCAGCUUCCAUCUUGGCCGGGACUGCUCUACCCUGUGAGCCAAACACGUUAGGUGUAAGUAGGUACACUUUGUGAUGUCACUGACCUAGUGUACCCUUUCUUUUUCAUAUCUAUACUGACCUUAACUUAUAAAAAAGAAAAGAAAAACAAGUUAUAUAUAUAUAAAAAAAUCUACAGUUAAAAGAAUGUUUUGAUAAUCCAGGGGCUGGUUAGUUAGCCCACUAGCCUCACUGUGGUGUCAGGGCUGGGCCCAGGGAUUGCUAUUCUGUCAUAGGCCCUUGUCCUUGGAUACCCAGGGGAGGGAGCCACUGUCGCCACAGCACACCAUGAUCGGGGCUCUCAGGCUGUGCUGCCCUGGACCCGCCACACCAAGCCAUCGGCCCCUCACAGACCCUACAAGACGAUGUUAGGAAACACAAGCUUGCUGGGCUCGAAGGACACAGAGAGAAGUGUGUAUGUGUGAGUGCUGUGUUUCCAGCUAUGGUUCCCGAAAGGGCAAAGCAGCCUCCUGUUUACAGAAGGUCCACACGAACAAUCCCCGUGGCGGGCGAAUGUCGAGAACACAGACGGCCUUCGCUCGGGGAGGGAGACACCCCUUCUCUCGGCUGAGUUUUUUUUCCCCAUAAGCACUCACACGGAUUUCUCGAAGACGUGCUUCUCAGAAGCAAGGACUCAAAAGGCAAGAUGCACGACGAGGCCACCGAGCCCGGGGUUGGAGCAUGUACGUAUUAUUUAUAUGCCGGAGUUCUACGUUUUUAAUGUAAGCAUGAAACACAGGCAGUGUGAGAGAGAGCCAGGACCCGACAUGCUGUCCGUUAAACGCUACGUCUGCUGUAGUUCCAUUUUUGUAUGUUGUGUAAAACAAAGCAUCGAUCGAAGCAAAAGGUGAUGUGUGUAUAUCAGAAAAAAAUUAACUGUAUAUCAUUCCAGUACAUUCCGUUGUACAUUUUAGUCUCCGUUUACUUUCUCUUCAUUGUUGAUAAGAGAACGCAAGCUGCGCCUCGUCCAGCUAGUUAACCCCCACUAGAGAAGAAAGGAAGAAACGCUAGAAGAAAACAGGAGAGAGAGAAAAUUUGUGAAUUGCGGUCGUCAAAAAAAACAAAACAAAAAAAAAACCAAUCUAGCCUAGCUGGCCUUAUUUGGGAAGCGUAACUGCUUUUAGCAUAUGGGAGUAUUUUUUCACAUUUUCUUUGUAUAAAAUUUGUAUUAAACUUAAAUAUCUUUUUUGA